AAAGGUGAAACAAACAUGGCGGCCCCCCGUCGAGCGACUGUGAUGUUGAAGGUGGUGAAGAAAAUAGCCAUCCACUUUUGUCCUUUCGAAGCUAAUGUUCGCUCGACGCGGGAAUUCCUGGUCGUGGUGGGUUCGGAGAAGGCCAGAUUGACCAAUUCAAACUGCGAGGUGAUAUCCAUGGUGAAACACGACAAGUCAGAACCAGUUGUGGAUGUCACUUAUGAUCCUCCCGCUUUUGUCUUCCUCCUCAGUGGAUGGCGAGAGGCUGCUGAUGAAGGGCGCCAACCUGACCAGCAGCGAGAUGCUCAGCGCCUUCCAGGCUAGGUGCACGUCCAAGGACCCCCAAGCCAAGGGUGCGGCCAAAUAAAGAACAAUCACAAUACUGCUGUGUACAGGACUGGAUAUUUAUAAUAAAACAUGUAUCAUCUGA